CUCUGUGAGAAACAUCAGAAAAGUCUGGAGAUGUUUUGUAGAACUGAUGAUUCCUGUAUCUGCAUGAUGUGUGUGGUGACUGGACAUAAUGGACAUAAAAUGGUCGAGCUGGAGACGGAAAGAGAAGAAAAGCAGAAAAAGCUGGAGGCGACACUGAGUGACAUCAAGAGGAAACUCGAGGAGAGAGAGAAGACACUGAAGGAGACGAGGAGGGCGAUUGAUGAGAUGAAGAUGUCUGUGGUAAAAGAGGUGGAAGAAAAUGUGAAGAGCUUCACUGCUCUGAUACGGUGCAUUGAGGAAGCCCACAGGAAACUCACUGAGAGGAUCAGAGAUCAAGAAAAGAGAGAAAUGGAGAAGGCUGAAGGAGUCGUGAAGCAAUUGGAGAAGAAGAUUGAAGAUCUGAAGAGGAGAGAAGCUGAGGUGAAGGAGCUUUCAGAGACCAAGGACCAUCUCCACUUCCUACAGACGUUCUCCUCUCGCUAUGUCCUUCCUACUGAGGGAGACACGCUGAGCUUCACUGUCACCGCUGAGUUCUCAUCUGAGGACCUGAGAAAGGAGCUGUCAGGUCUGACAAAGAGUGUGGAGAAGAUCAGCCAGUGGGUCUUCAUGACAAGGACUCCAUCAGCUCAUGAAGCUCCAGUUUUCGCCCUCCAGCCUCCUGAACCUCAGAGCAGAGACGACUUUUUAAAAUACUUCUGUCCCCUCACACUGGACAUCAACACGGCACACAGACCUCCGUCUGUCUGAAGGGUACAAGAAGGUGACAUGUGAGGGGAUAGAGACUGAAUAUCCUGAUCAUCCUGACAGAUUUGACUCCUGUUACCAAGUUCUGUGCAGAGAGGCUCUGACUGGGACUCGC